CAAAAUUAGGGUUUGAAUUAAAAAAAAAAGCUCGCGUGUAUAUUAAGUCGGCUGCUUUUUGUUGGGGCGAUGGAGACGUCCUAUAUAAAGGCGCCAAUUUGGUAAUUUCUCAUUCGAAAUCCAGUCAUGGCUGACAAAGAGAAGGUUUCGAAAAGGGUUGCCGCCAUUGAAGCAUCAGAGAUCAACGGGUAUUUCAACACGAAGAAGGAGAUGAUUUACAAGAGCAUCAUCUGGGAUUUAUUGAACAAGUCACAUAAUGAAAAAAACAAGACGCGAAAACAAGAAAAGACGAAGAAAGAUGAUAAAAGGAAGAGGCUUGCUGCAAGAACUAAUCAUGACGAAGAGGAUGAUAAUGAGAACAAGAAGAAGAGGCGCUUGAGUUCCAAAGUGAACUAUGACGUCCUGGAAAAACUGAUGAACGACAAGAAGAUAACGCCGGAGCCAGAGAAGAUUGACAGAGAAUGCAAGGAGAAGGAUGUUGAAAAAGAGAUCAGCUUUGAGGUUGAGGAAGUUGAGAAUGAGGAGGAUGAAGAGAUUGAUUAUAGGAAUAUCUAUUAUGGGGAUGAAGAUGAAGAGGAUUUCAACAACUAUGACGAAGAUUAUGAAGAUUACUGAUGAAAGAUUUGAUGCUGAUUACAAUUUUAUAUUGGCUGUAAAUUUUGAUUCAUGAGUUCAAGAAGAUGAUGUUCUUGUACUCAAAAUAUAGUGGUCUUUUCGUUUGAGUCUUUCAGAGAGAUGUUAAACCUGUCUUCUGAUCCGAGGCUACUGAAUUUUGUGAAAAUCGUCACAUAUUUUCUGCUCUAAUUUAUGUAUGUACUUUCUGGUGUCUUAA